CAGUUCUGUUCUUCCCCUCCUCCCUCUCUCCCCUCUUCUUACCUUUCAUUCUGUACUCCAAUGUACCAAUUUCUUCCACUGCGCAGUCAGGGAUUAUCCAUUUUGGGACUGCUUCUCCCUCCGUAUUUCGGCAUAUAACCUCAAAAACAAGGAUGAGUCUUUCGAAGCUCAAAGGACAUGCUGCAGCUUCCGACAGUACUGGUCCUUUCACUACUGAUGACGCAACACAUUAUGAUAGCAACGGAGAGAGUGAAAAUUCUUCAACAAGCAAGUCCGCAACAUCAAGGACCUCCGCUAAGACCCUUUACUGGAUUAUCAAGAAGUUCAAUCAUAUCAAAAGGCAGUUGGUUAAGGAAAUAGGUUUUGAAGGAUUACUUGAAAUGCCUUUAUGGAAUUCACUUAAUCGCAUCUUCAGUACUUGGCUCCUGGGCCAAGUUGAUUGCGUAGACCAAGCAAUCGUAUUAGAUGCAAUCAGAAGACUCCAUUUUGUACCACAGGAUGUGAACAAAGUAUUUGGUAUCCCCUGUGGACAUCGUGAUGUAUUAGGACCAGAAACUCAAAUAUCGGAUGCGGCAAUGGCAUAUAUUCGCGAACAAGCUGGUAUAUCUAUCACCAAGGUGAGCCUAAAAGAUGCUGAGAAGAUUGUCCUUAUGGACUUAUCAGAACAGAGCACAAGAUUACAAAAAGAUUCAUUCAAGAUGGCAUUUGUUAUCAUUGUCAUGGGUCAUCUCCUCUCACCCUCAACAAAGUAUGAUCAUGUGAACAUUGAUUUUUUGGGUGCCUUGCGUUGUACCGAAGAAAUUGGUCAAUACAACUCGUGUGCAUAUGUUCUCAAAGGUAUCAUUGAGGCAGCUCAAAAAGUACAGGCUGACCUAACGAUGAACAAAGUGGUCUCCAACAUAUUUGCUUGUCACCUGUUCCUGCAGAUACACUAUCUAGAUAAUCUCUUACUUGGACCACUGCAACCUGCAAAGAACGUCUUCCCUCGUAUCAAGGUUUUCCCCACAGAAGUACUUAACAAACUCAUAUUAGCUGAUACGAAGCCUGGAGGUGGUUAUGGAGCGAAGCAAUUCAAUGCAAGGGGUACUGUCAUCAUUCCCAACAUGUCGCCAACUAAAAUGAAGUCACUUUCGGUACCUGCUAGAUCGGGACAAAGUCCUGCCCUUCUUCAUUCUGUCCCAACAAACUCCGGUACAAACCUUCAGAUCACAGCUGCCACAUUGCCCCAAUUCCUCAGAGAGAAAUACCCUGCUCUGUGCAACACAAGUUUGGCGAAUGAUUUGAAACUAUAUAAUGCAAACAUAACCCGAGCAAUGAACGAAAGGCACGCAGCUGAGAAGACUCAUGUACUACAGCAAAAUUUAUUGCUUGCUGACAAGAUAUGCAACUUCAUCUCCUCCAGCCAUAUACCACCGCGGCAUUCUGCUUCAACUGCAAAGACAGAAUGUUCCGGGAACAGCUCUGUCAAAAGAGGAGACAACCAACACGAACUCAUAGCAAGGAAUGUAUGUCACCCUUGCGUGCAAUGAAACCUCUAGAGGACACACCCAAGAGAUCAACAUCACAGUUGAUUGAAGCAAUCAAGAAGAAAUCAAAGACUGGUGGCUCAGCUUGUAAUGACAACUCUAAGAAAAUAGCAGAUGACAUUGCACCAUGUUCUCCAGCUGCCACAAAAUUAUCCAUGGAAGCUGCCAUGGUAGAUUUGAUUAUGAGAUCAGACAACGUAGACUGCGCUGAGAGUAAGAUACUGCUUGGUGUAAUUUCUACUUCACCUCCUUGCAAACGUCGAAUCAAGGUUGGUACAUUCGCACCCUCACCUUGGUCGGAAGGAUACAUACAUCCUAAACCAGAUGGUGACAUCAUGGUUUCUCUUAUGGAAUGGUGUGGUGACGCGCCCCCACACUACUUGAAAAUGCCGUGGGUAAUCACUGAAUUUCCUCGCUACAUCUCAGCCACUGGCAAGGAAGUACAUCAACAACUUAUUGGAACCCAUGUUCUUGACUUCGAAUUGUGUGAUCUCCUGGUAAGGAGGUUAACACAAUUAGAUACCAGGAUGGAACCCACUAGCAGCAGGAUGCGUUGGCGUCAUCUCCUUGAGAGUGAUUUUUCUGUAUGUGCGAUAGCAGAAAAUGACAUCACAUCUAUCAUAUCAAUCCAGCAACAAUUCAUUGGCGACGAGGUUACCUACAACAUGUCGUGCACCAGAAUGUUUGCCGUGCCUUCAUUCAUUGAGCAAUCCUGGUCUGCCUACAUGUUUGACAUGAAGGAAGAGGUUAUUCAUGUACUUGAUCCAUUGGGGCUGCAUUUACAAUCACCAGCAAUUAAAGAAUUGCACGCUCAUUCUGCUAACGUCAUCCAAGAUAAGCUCUUCGAUUGCUUUGACAAGUAUUAUGAAAAUUGGAAACCAAAGAAGAAUAAGUGGCCUCAUGUUUAUCCAGUGUUGACGAAUGACAAGUUUAGCAAGAAUCAGAGUGGAUUGUGCAUGCUACAUUGUGUCCGCAAUUACAAUGGGGAUGAAUUGGAGCAACCACUCACACUGAAUGGUUACUCAAGGCUCCAACAUACAUUUCUUCAUGAAAUCCUCACCAUGAAGAACAACAAGGCCAGGCUCCCCAUCCACAUACUAAAGAUCAUUGAUCCGCCAAACGUGAGACAAGUGUAGCUUAUUCCUGAAUAUG